AUGCGCUUUCACCUCUCUACCCUCGCCAUCGCUGCCACUAGCCUCCUCGCCGUCUUCCCGACGGUCACUGCUGGCCCUAUCGCCUACGGCCUUUGCCAGACAGGAUGCAACACCGUCACCGUUGCUUGCUACGCGGGCGCGGGCUUCACUUUUGGCACUGUAACCGCCGGCGCGGGGGUGCCGGCCGCCAUUCUCGCCUGUAACGCUGCACUGGGUGUCUGUUCGUCCACUUGUGCGACCGUCGCGCUCUUCGCGCCGACCCCGUGA